UCAAAUCAAUCCAAUCAAAUCAAUCAAAUGUUAUUCGCACUGGUACAAGCUGUGCCUGGUUUUUUGAAAUCCUUGAAAUUUAACAAAUAAUGCGUGAUCUUUUGAUGAAUUUUGUGUAGAUGUUGAAAGCGUGAUCGCACUAUUUCAUAAGAACGUAACGUUUUCAUAAUGGAAACCUAUAAUCAAUCAAACAUGAACCAACCUCGAGUUGAGAACUUGGGGCCGACAACACAUUUAAGAGUGAUGUUGCCUUCUUCAAUGGAAACAAAUGUACCUCCUCAAUUUAUUGAUAUAAAUACUAUGCAGGACAUCCCCCCACCGCAGGCGGACUUCUCCGCUCCACCGCCGUACGACGUGGCCACCAACUCCAAACUGCCCACCUAUGAGGAGGUGCAGCGGGAAAAACAAAUGGAGGGGGACGGCCCACCACAGAUGCAAGGUCCACCACCACACCACCCCACGUUCGCGGCGUUCGUGACAGUGGACCGCGGAGACGCCAGUACUGAUCAGCUCGACCCUGAGAAUAGCCUGCUGGGAACAGAUUUCAUGUUCUUGACGUCAUUCUUUGUGGCAUUCCUGUUCAACUGGAUCGGCUUUCUACUCCUGAUGUGUUUCUGUCACACGGUGGCCAGCCGCUACGGAGCCCUGGCCGGCUUCGGGCUGUCUCUGGCGAAGUGGACGCUCAUCGUCAAGCACUCCACCGAGCUCGCGUCGCACGAGAACUCCUGGCUGUGGUGGCUCAUCAUGGCUUUUGGUAUUCUUAUCUGCAUCCGUGCUGUAAUCCAGUACCUCAACAUCAAGCGCGGAUGGCGUCUGCUCUCUGGCACGGCUCAAGAGCGACUGCUGUUCUUCUAUUAGAUGUCGCACUAGCUUUCUCUCUCACUCUCACCUAACGUGUGCGGUUGUGCAAGAAAGAGAUGGGUGUAAAUAUGUUCGUUCGUCUAGAUGUACACACGUUUAAAAUGUUCUAAAUGCAUUAGAGCAAAUGUUAAGGCGUGUUUUACUGUUUUAGAAGAAUAUUACGGGCUUAAAUUAUUUUUUAAGAAAUCAAAUUUCUUUGAAAUUUUAUGACAAUAUUUUUUAUUGUUUUUAUGAAGUAGUGUAUGAACCAUAAGGUAUGUCAAUUUGUUAUGCUACAAAAGCAGUGAUACUUUAAAAGCAUGCUGAUUUAUAGCAGUAAACAUGCAAGCUGUACAAGGAUAAAAUCUGUUCAUAUUAUAAAAUCGAGUUUGAGUUGCCAGAAACGAUGUAUGAUAUUUUAUUUGCGUUCUAUAAAAUAAAAUUGAAUUAUUUUUAUAAAAUCUGAUAAAGCUAGGGCUUAAAAAGAUGUCUAUAAUAAUGAUAAUACAAUAUUUAAUAUCAUUCGAUUUAUGAAGUAAAUAUUUCCGUAAAAUGUGAUUCGUCAAUGUCCACACUAAUGUUACCCAAUCAAAUUUCUUCAUUCUACGCCUACCUAAUAUAAAUUAAUAACAUUUUAAGUAUAAUUCGUACCGAUAAAAAUUUUAACUUGGUACUUACUAAAAUAAACUAGACUUUACUCACUCAUCUAAGAUUAAAUCAAUAUUUCUACCUAUUUGGUCUUAACCAAUUUAACAUUAAAAAGAAUUAACAUGUCAUCUUUAACAAAUGUUCUCCACUGAUUGUUCUUCUUUAUUAUAAAAUAAAGUUUUAUUAAUUAAUCCCCAUGGAAGUGAAUCCCCGAGGCAUAGCCACUGGAUUGUUUUGCUCACAAUUAUAAUAAUAUUUUAGUAUUUACGUCAAUACCCACACUUAAUUUAUAACACCUCUUUUUGCGUCGGUGGUUAAGAAUAUUUUUAUUUUGUAACAAGGUUAUAAUGGUCGUGCCACAUCUGAAAAUUCAUAAGAAACACAUCCAGCCAUAAUUUAGAUUUUAUUUGGGUGCUUACUAACAUUUACUUUAAGUGUCAUACUAACUCUCGAAUAAUGUGUGAUGAUAAAGAUCAUUCCAAUAAAUAAAGACAGGUACAUUAAUAUCUAUCCCUAUACUGUAAAUAUUUUAUUUGUACAGGGUGAUUAUAUAUUCACAAACUAUGUAAUUUUCACCUUUCUCAAUAAAUAUUAAAACCAAAAAUAUUUUAUGCAACUUCAAAUUUUUGUGCAAUAACUGUGACAUAUGGAAAUGUUAAAUAACUUGUGUAAGUAUGAAAUAUUUUAUAUCAUAAUUAUGUGAAAUCAAAUUAUUGUACAUUACAUACAUAUUCUUAUUCAGGUCUAAGCCAGCACGUUAUUUCAUCGCAAAAAUUGAGAUGUGUAAAUGGUGCAUAUUAACAUCACUCAUACAUUUGUAUGAUUAAAUAAUUCGAUGUACCCUGCGCUGCUUGUGAAUAAUAUGGAGUUAGCCACAAGAACAUUAAAAGUAAAAAUGAAAAUUGAAAUUAAGCCUGCGUUGAAAUGAAAGCCUUGUGUUGUAAUUAUUACGGUUUAAUUUAACAAAAUAUACACUGAUUUUUUUCGCCAUGAGCUGUUGUAAUUCUCCCGUUUCAGAAAUUCUACUUUAGGGAACACGACAUAAAGCUUAAAAUUACUAACGCAAGGUAAAGGUGAAUUUACAACAUAAAAUAAACCAUGGUACGAAGGGAUUGUCGAAUGAAAUGGCAAGUGACAGAAUGAAGGACACUAACACACGUAAGAAGUGGGAUAACUUAGCGAAGAAAAAGUACAGUCGAAUUGGAUUUAGCUUGACUAAUGUAAAACGUUUAAGAACAAAAGGACAAAAGUUAUAUUUCGAUGCCUUAUAUUGAAUAGGUGUUCAGUGAGACACAUUGGAAAUUAUACAUUUGAAACGUACAUUUUUCUUUGUGGCCCAUUGUACCCGAAAUAAUAUGUAUUGUGGCUAACCAUGUCGCGUUCACAUGGCGUUUGGUUCAAAGAUUUUAGUAAAAUAAGUGUAUAUUAAUGUUUGAGGUCUUAAAUGUGAGUCGCUUUUACCAAUUUCGCACCAAAAACUGUAUAUUUUAUUAGAAUUUGAUUUUAAAUUAAUAUUAUACUUUUGUUAGUGCAAUGAUGUCUAGUGCAGAAUUUUUAGGUGUAAUAAAUAUGUUAAAUAUUGGAUCCAGAA